AUGCAAAGGCAAGUUGGCCGAGCACGAGGCGGCGGCCGCGGUCGAGAAGAAGGGAGCGGAGAUGAAAACAUCCGUGCAAGCGCUUCGCAGGGCCACAAUCAAUCGCGCCAAGGACGAGGGCAAGACGGCCGAGCACAAGGCGGUGUUGAAGCCACCGCCCCAGGAAGCGUUUUGCAGGACCGGCGUCAAUUGAACCAAGGACGAGGGCAGGAGAGCCGUGCACGAGGUGGCGGCGGAGACAGCCGCGGUGAAGAUGGUGUAGCUGAGACUUUUGAUGGCGCGAAUGCUACCAGUAGCGAUGCCCAGAGUAGCGAUGACGGGCCCGAAGAUGGCGUCGGUGAAGCACAAGUUGAAGAUCAAGGCGUGAUGCAUCAUGUCACAGCGGAUUUGUCCGAUGGCGAACACCCGUGCAAGAUUGGGCGCCUCCGGUACACUAAGAGGGGGUUCCUCAAAGGCAAGGUGAAGUGGACCGACUCGGAGAUUCCGUUUGGCUACGUACGGAAGAGCGACAAAAUCGGUAUUGAGAAUGAGGAACGUGACGAUCGAGUCGAGCGUCGAGCGUCCAACCUCCCAGCCCCCGCUCGUCCGCCAGCCAGUAGCAGUAGCAGUUCAUGCAGCAGCAACUCUGAUAACGACGACGAUAGCAACUACGUGCUAGUGAAAGCCCUGGCGGCAGCCCAAUUGACAGCAGCUCCGGAAGUGAUUGAAGCUAUACGAUGA